AUGCCUUCCGUUUCUAAUCCUAAUGCAACUCCACAAACACUAAUCACCAAUCAAUCAAUCCCUUCGGUUUCUAAUGCAACUUCACAAACACAAUGCUCUAACCAACCUAAUGAUAAUGUUGACUUGAAAGAUCUUCCAAAGGACCCGACGGAUAGGCCAUUGAUUACAAGCUACAAACCAAAUAUAAGAGAUGAUGUAAGAAGAGCAUAUUUGCUUCAAGGACCGUGUCAAGUAAGGGCACAUAAGUUUCCUAAAAAAAUAGGUGAUAGAUUUAGAAGAUUCGUUCCUUCAUGGUUUGAUGACUUUGAUUGGUUGGAAUAUAGUGUGAAAAAGGAUAGUGCAUAUUGUUUAUAUUGUUAUUUGUGUGGGGACCUCAUGGGACAAAAAGGAGGGAGAGAUGCAUUUGUUUCUCAAGGUUUUGAUACUUGGAAUAAAAAAGAUGCAUUUUGGACUCAUGUGGGUGGUAUUGAUAGUUUUCACAACAAAGCAAAAGAAAAGUGUGAGUUUUUAAUGAGGGAAAAACAUGCUAUCAAUGUAGUCUUGAGGAGGCAAACCGAAGCAGAGGAUCAUAAAUAUAAAGCUCGAUUACGUGUUUCUAUUAUUGUUGUUAGACUUUUAUUGAAAACCGGUUUACCGUUUCGUGGUCAUGACGAGUCGGUUAACUCGGAAAAUAGAGGGCUAUACAUUGAAGUGUUAAAAGCCAUUCGAGAGACUAGUGAAGAUAUUUUCAACAAUACUUUAGAAAAUGCUCCAAAAAACAAUCAACUAAUUUCCCCUAAAAUUCAAAAAGAACUUGUGCAAUGUUUUGCACAAGAAGUACUUUUGAGUAUUCGUGAAGAGAUUGGUCAAGAUGUUUUUGCUUUACUAGUUAAUGAAUCUAGUGAUGUUUCAAAAAAGGAACAAAUGGCUAUUGUUUUGCGUUAUGUCGAUACUCUUGGCUUUGUGAAAGAAAGAUUCAUAGGUCUAGUGCAUGUGAAGGAUACAUCUUCUUUGACACUCAAAAACGCCAUAAAUGAAGUACUUACAAGUAAUAAGUUGAGUUUUAGUCAGAUAAGAGGACAAGGUUAUGAUGGGGCUAGCAAUAUGCGAGGGGAAUUCAAUGUUGUGGCUGUAGCAAAGAAGCAUGAUGGUGUUAGUGACUUUUUUGAGCAAAUUUCGUUGGUGGUUAAUGUAGUUUGUGCAUCGUGUAAAAAAAAAGACUUACUACGAGAGCAAGCAAGAGAAAGGGUGCAAAAAGGCUUGUGUAGUGGUGAACUUGAAACCGGAAGAGGGUUAAAUCAAGAGACUACACUUGUUCGAGUGGGAGAAACAAGAUGGGGUUCACAUUUCAACACACUCACAAGUUUGAUGAAGUUAUUUGCGGAUGUUUCUGUAGUUUUAGAUUUUGUGAAAGAGGAGGGAGGGUCAUUGGCAAACCGUCAACAAGCAUCUGGAAUCUUAGCAUAUUUUAAAUCAUAUGAGUUCGUGUUUUACUUACAUAUGAUGUAUGACAUUUUACACCUCACGGGUACAUUGUCAAAGCAACUUCAAAGAAAAGAUCUAGACAUUUUAGAAGCGGCUUCGAUGGUUAGAGGGACAAUGGUGACAUUGCAAUCUUUUAGAAACAUAGGGUUUGCUAGCAUUUUGCCAAAAGUAUCCUCUUUUUGUGAAACACACGAAAUUGAUACUUUGGAUAUGGAAGAGUUGUAUAUUGGUGCGAGAAACCGUAGGACUACAAAGACUAAUAGGUUUCAUUUUGAGGUUGAAAUCUUCAACACGGUGGUAGAUAUGCAACUUACAGAAUAUCGGGAUCGAUUUAGUGAAACAAGCACCCAAUUACUAGAAUACAUGGGUGCUUUGAGCCCUUGUGAUUCAUUUGCACAAUUUGACAAAUCAAAGUUAUUGAAGUUGGGUAAGUUAUACAAGUAUGACUUUGAUGAUUCAGAUAUGAUAGACCUUGAAGGACAACUUGAGAUAUUUUAUCACUCUCGCAUCAAAGAUGAGCGCUUCGCUAGUUUGAAAGGAAUUUUCGACCUUUCUCGUUUGAUGGCGUCGAAGAUUGUUCUUAAUCAUCUUGAAUCUUUGAGAAACAGGAUUUCCAUAGGGGUUGAUUUGGAAGAAAAAAUGACGAGGGGGUUUCGUGCUUUUCCCGACUCUCUUUGGGUUAAGAUGGUUAAGGUUAUUCAUGGAAAACAUGGCUUACUGGACAAUCCUAACUGUUAUAAGGGCCAUGAUUUGGUUUGGGUUAAUGUCAUUAAGGUGGUGGAUGUUUUGUGGCUUGGAGAUACCCCUCUCAAAAUGCAGUUCCUGCGAAUUUAUGCUUUGGAACAAGAUAAGCAAAUUUUAGUAUCUUUAAAAAUGCUUCAAGAAGGUUUAUUGGCAUCCUUGAGGUGUCAACCAAGAGGUGGUACGAAAAGGGCUCAAUAUGACCAACUUCUUCAAUUUGUUGGACUCGGUUUUGCUCUUUUCGUUUAA